UCUGAUCCUGGAGGAUGGACGGAAGAUCAACAUCGGACAUGCAGAGAGUAUGUUCCUCAGAAGCGCACCUUAUAAAAAGCCUACAGAAAAUGGAAUAUUUGACAAGCCUAUCGAAGAAACCUGGUCAUCAGGCAGCAAUCUCAUGAAGAACCUUAAGAUUGCACAAAAUAGCCUGCGUGAGCAUGGUCAUUUUCUAGAGUCUGAUGCCCUGAAUGAUGUCCUUAUUACCUGUGCACAACCCCUGAACUGGGUAGGUUAGGUCUGACGGAACAUGCCGACCUUACCGAGGAGCAAGAGUCCGAGGUUCUCUUUCUGGUGUCGGCAUGGUGGAAAGCGCUGAAUUCAGCAGACAGGGCCAGGUCAUUGCCCGCUCCGCUGCCUACCCGUCCCGAAGCCCGGAGGGGCAUCACCCUGAGUGAAAAGAUCUUCUCAUUGCACGACACUGGCUAGCCGGGGUCGGUAGCUUCGGGCAACUUGAUACAAAUAGAUGUGGAUUGAGUGAUGGCAUCGGAGGCUUCUUGGGCAGUCAUGGAGUCAACGUACAACCGCGUUAGGAAGCCGGGGAUCUUCCGUAAUAACCGCUUCUGGCUUGCUGGAGAUCAUGUAGUUGAUCCUCGGGUCAACAGCCUUCCGAGAGUUCAGGCAUUGAUCAAUGCGAGUGAAAGAGCAAAGCG